UCCGGCUCGGAUCGGCUCGGCUCGGCACGGUACCGCACCGCACCGCGAGGGAGGGCGAAGGCGGCGGCGGGCCGAAGGGAGGCCGCAGCGGGGGUGCCGGGCCUUUGCGUGGCGGGCGCUUCCCGCCGUGCGAGCGGAGGAGCAUUCCUGUUAAGAUUGCUGCCAUAAAGACAUGACCACACAGUACGGUAUUCUCUUCAAGCAAGAGCAAGCUCACGAUGAUGCCAUUUGGUCAGUUGCCUGGGGAAAAAAUAAAAAAGAUGGUUCUGAAACAGUGAUCUCUGGUUCUUUGGAUGAUCUAGUGAAGGUCUGGAAGUGGAAUGAUGAAAAAUUGGAUCUACAGUGGACUUUGGAGGGUCACCAGCUGGGGGUGGUAUCUGUGGAUAUCAGCCACACAGGCUCCAUUGCAGCAUCCAGCUCCCUAGAUGCCCAUAUUCGCCUUUGGGAUUUAGAAACUGGCAAACAAAUCAAGUCAAUAGAUGCUGGUCCUGUUGAUGCUUGGUCCCUGGCUUUUUCACCUGAUUCCCAGUACCUUGCAACAGGAAGUCAUGUGGGAAAAGUAAAUAUUUUUGGUGUUGAAACCGGAAAGAAAGAAUAUUCUCUGGACACCAGAGGAAAGUUCAUCCUUAGUAUUGCAUAUAGUCCAGAUGGAAAAUACUUAGCCAGUGGAGCGAUAGAUGGCAUUAUCAAUAUUUUUGAUAUUGCAACUGGAAAACUUCUGCAUACGCUAGAAGGUCAUGCGAUGCCUAUUCGUUCACUGACAUUUUCUCCAGAUUCUCAGUUACUUGUAACUGCUUCAGAUGACGGCUAUAUCAAAAUCUACGAUGUGCAACAUGCAAACUUGGCUGGCACGUUAAGUGGUCAUGGAUCCUGGGUAUUAAAUGUAGCAUUCUGUCCCGAUGAUACCCAUUUUGUUUCCAGUUCAUCUGAUAAAAGUGUAAAAGUUUGGGAUGCUGGAACGAGAACCUGUGUUCACACUUUCUUGGACCACCAAGAUCAGGUUUGGGGAGUGAAGUACAAUGGAAGUGGGUCCAAAAUUGUAUCUGUUGGAGAUGAUCAAGAAAUUCAUAUUUAUGACUGUCCAGUUUAAAUGUCUUAACUCAGACCCUCUCGUUCACUCUUGUGGCAGUAUCUGGGAAUACUAUCAUCCUUCUGUGUCAUUUUUUAGUAUUAUAAAAGCAUUUUAGUAAUGCUGAUCUGCAAAAUCAGAUAUGUUUGUAUGUAAUUUUGAUUUUGUUUAGCAUGAGAGAAAGCUUUACUUUUUUUAAAAUAAAAGCUACAGAUGCAAGUAA